AUGGCCGAGCUCGCAAAGUAUCUUGAUUGCCUGUGUCUGGUGGCCUGUCCCUAUUGCAAGCCCUCUGCUAGCAUAAUUCGCUUGAGCUAUCCCCCCCCUAAUACACCCAGAGAAAACGGCCACAGUAACUACCACAAAGUCCUCUCUUUUGGCCAAUCCACUAGCAACUGGGCUCGCAAAAAAACCGGACGCUACUGGUUAGGAAUUAAAGAAAAUAAUGCCAUGGCAACAGGUGAUGCCUACCCCUCGUCACCGAAAAUCCAACUAAGUUGGCUGCAGACCUGCGCUCUGCAGCAUGUCAACAGGGAGCGCAGCUCUUGUGCUGUCCGAGCUAAGGGCGAGUGA